CAUUAUUCUAUGGCUGGCGAAAAUUCUAAUAGAUCUAUAUUGGCAAUUUGUUAAGCCUGUUGUUACAUACAUUUAAAGUCAUGUCUGAUAGACAUAUGAAAUUCCCAUAUACAUUUGCUGCAAAACUUGCUCGUUUUCCAUUCCAUUAUUAUUGGACAUCUAAGCGUGGUUGGGUUUUGAGAUAUUGGGCACUUAGUACAGUUCUGUGUACACCUGUAUUUUAUUAUAUACAAAAAUUAAGUUAUCACCCAGACAAUGUAAAAAAAUGGGAGGAAAUACAUAAAAAACAAUUCUCUGGAGAAAUGCGUCAUUGAAUUGUAUUUGGAAAUAUUGUAGUAUAAUAUGAUGGAUAUUUAAAUUACUUGGAUAUAAAAAAAAACUGGUAUACUUUGUGAAUUUUUUGUUUAGUAUAUUAUGAACAAAUUUCAAUUAUAAAUCUAUUUUAAAAGUUUAUUACCAAAUUAAUUGUAUAAAACAUACAUGAUUACAAACAACUGCUUCUACUGCUGUACAAUAUAAAGAUUAAUAAUAAUUUGUACCGUAGAUUUUGUGUAGGG